UUGGCCUUAAAUUCUCAUUUUUUCGAAAAGUAUGGGGAAUUAUUUUGAAAUUUUGUCUAAUUUACAUAGCCAAUCAGAAAAUCAAGAAAUCCUCUGAUUCUAACAGCUUAUCCUCAGAGAGAAUCAAGUUCUCUUUCCGCUGAUGACCAUAUCCAGAUAACCUAUCUCUCCCCCAUCGUCCUUUCAUCUCAAUUUUUUUCAGUUCAGCAGUAAAACCAGCAAAUGUCUCUGCCAUCGCAGACGCCGCCACCAUCAGUGCACAAAACCCUUCCCAAGUCUUUCUCUGAUUUCAUCUUCUCCGCCUUUUCUCUCUUCAACCUCUACUCCUCUACGCCUAACCUAUCUUCCAGUUAUAAUCAUCAUCGCCGUUUCUCUAAGCUUCCUAUUAUCCCGUUAACCAAGAAUGCCGUGAUCAACCAGCAUCACUUUUCCACCCCGCAAUCCCUCUCCGAUUGGCUCCGCCCCCGUCUCCCCUCCGAUUCAUUCGCCGCUUGGGGAACCAGACCCGGCACCAAGAACAUCCACAACCUAUGGAUCGAGCUCUACGAGGGAGAAACAUCUCUCGCCGACUCUAUCCCCCCUGUUCGUACGGUGGAAGUGGUCGUGGUUCGGGUGAGAGAUGAGAGAGAUAGAAUCUUGAUCGAAUCCCACCAAGAACUGUCAAACGGCCACGUUAGAAAUCGGUCGAGACCACUAUCUGAGAAAAUGAAGCCUGCGGAGACGGUAGAAGAAGCUGUUUCGAGAGCGGUGAAGGAAGAACUAGGUUCGAUUAUAAACGGUUCUUGUGAAGAUGAGAUUGUGGAAAUUAUACCUGGUUCUUAUUCGAGUAAGGUGGAGGAGAAGCUUUCUGUAUCAUACCCUGGAUUGCCAGCUUGCUAUGUUUUACAUACUGUAGAUGCUCUGGUUCAUGGUUUGCCAGAUUGUGAAUUUUGCACCAUAGAAGAGGAGAACAAUGAAAUUUUCGAUGGCAUGGAAGUGGCUGAAGGAGCAGUUUCGUGUAAGAAACACUACUGGAAAUGGGUUGAUUCUAUUUAAUACCGUUUCACUAUGAUUUUUGCAUGUAUAUAUCUAGAUAUGGGUGGAGGUGAGUUUAAGAAUUGCAUUUCUUUGUGCAUAUAGUUCACACUUGAGUGUUGGAACAAAAUAAUGAAAAGAAGCUUUCUGUAGCUUCAGUAAGGUGUAAAAGUAAAACUGAUCUUUUAAUUAUAAACUUGAGUAUA